UCAAUCUCGCUCGCUCGCUCGCGGGGAGCGCCGUGACUUUUUUGUAGUCGCCGCAAACUCAUCGACCGUUCCGAUCGAGUCGCGGCAGCCGCGUCCCGAAACAAAGGAUUCCUUUCAAAAACAUGUAAAUUGUGACACAAAGCACACAUAUAAUACAGUCUAGUGUUCCAAUAGUCCUUAACUAGUAGAUUUGGGGCUGUAAAUCCUCUUCCCAUCAUCGGAACGGGGCGUACGAUAUCGAUAUCGACCUAGUGCGCCAGUGUUUAUGUUUAGUAAAGUGGGUAUCUUUCGGUGUUUGUUUUGCAAACAGUGAGAUAAAAGUAUCAUCAGUUAGUUGUUCGGUUAUGUAGUGUUGUUGUGCCGAAGAUGUCAGUGAGGAUGUGGGUGUUGUUGGCGUUGUUGGCGCUGGCGGGCGCGGAGAAGCCUGCCGGGGAGUCUUUUUUGAGUGACAUCAGCCGGACACUGCGCUCGGAGAUGGACAACGUGCUGAAAAUGGCGGAUGUGAUGUACUCCCGGCCUGAUAUCAACACGACAUACGUGGCGAGCGUGGAGUUCGAUAUGAGAGCCAUGGGGCCGCUGUACAACCACACGGGGCUCGUCAUCGACGUCAUCGCCAACAAGCAGGCCUACCCUGAAGGAAUCGUGUCAGUAUCAGACGGGCACCUCGAGAUCGCGAGCCCGCAGGAGAACUGGCGCGUGCUACUCGCACACUACGCGGGGCCGACAGCGUUCGUCGUUGUCGCCGUUCUACUGGCCGCCGCGCUGCCGCUCGCCGGACUGUUCUGGUGCUGCUGCUACUGGUGCCGCUCAGGGCGUCGGAGGCGCACGUUCGACCGCAAGUACGACGCGUGCCUCAAGGGCUUGCUGGCUAUUGUGCUCAUAGGGCUGCUGACACUUUUCUUGUUCGGAGUAGUAUGCGCAUUCGCGACUGACGAACAGCUCGACCGAAGCGCGAGCGAAGCACCCAACGCCGUCCGCUCCGGCAUCAAGGACACGAAAGCUUAUCUCAACGCAACACAAGCCCACGUUCGAUGGCUCCUCGUCAACAACUAUGCCGAACUCGAAAGGACACUAGACAACCUCCUUACAAAUAGCGGCACGACGGUAUCAAGAAAACUAGGGGAGUUCUCGCACGCGGUUUCCGUGACUACGCUAUACAAUAUGGUGCAGCAACUGGACACAGUGCAGGCAGAUUUGAAGAGCGUCCACAACAUCACGUCUAUGCUGCGGAAUAACGCUGAACUGCUCAACUCUGGUCUACGCAAAGUGAAAGCUCAACUGCUCCAGACCCUGGCCAAGUGCGAACAGCCCCAGUGCAUCCGUCUGCAGGAGAAAUACAAGAUUGGACAACUCGACACCGACAUACACUAUAGCCAGAUGCUUGACAAAUACUUCCCGACGAUGCCGGACGUCUCCGAGUUGCUGAACAACGUGACGGAGCUUCUGGACAGCCAUAUUAAAGCAGACGUUGAGGAAGGACAGCAGGUCUUCGCCAACAUCCAGGCCGGCAUCCAGCAAUCCGUUGACGACCAUAUUCCCAAUGUCAAGGAGGCGCUCGCUGAGACCGGACGCAAGCUCAAAAAGAUGGCGGACCGCGUGACAGCCCUCUCCAACAACGCAUCGGCAAUAAUUGAAGAGCACAGCGCGGGCGUCGCGGACCACGUGCAACAAUACUACGACGCGUACGGCCCUUACCGCCGCCACGCGGGCCGGGCUGCUGCCGCCUCUCUGCUACUGAUCACGUGUAUGAUGGUUUGGGGGCUGGUGUGCGGCGUGUGCGGCAAGCGGCCCGACGUGUACGGCGCCAGCGACUGCUGCAACAAGGGCGCCGGCUCGCGUUGUCUGCUGUGUGGCAUGGGCGUGAUGUUCAUCGUGGGCGGGGUGGUGUCCCUCGUGAUGGCGAUCUACUUCGUGGUCGGCGUCAGCUCGCAGCGGUUCCUUUGCGAUCCACUCACAAACCCUCAAGGCAACCGCCUAUUUGAAGAGCUGGACCGUUUCGUGGACCUGGAGAACUACAUGUUCAACGAACGCCGUGACCCAGACUUCAACAUGUCGCGGGUGCUUACUUAUUGCCACAGGAACCAAAGUCUUAUGCAGACCCUCCAGCUGCACCGCCUCAUCGACCUGGAGGCCCUCAAGCAGCAGGCGGCGCAGGCCGUGCAGCGCCGCGCGGCCGCGCUGCGCCCCACCUUCCCCGGCCACGGCCGCCCCGUCACCAUCCUCAAGCCGCAAGCCAAGCUCAAGCUGACCCGCCUAGCCGAAUCCGGAUUGUCGGACUUCGACUUUGAUCGCAUACUUCACGCGCUGGAAACUAACAUGACGAACCUGUCGCUGGACACAUUAGCGACGCAACUCGACGCAACAGCUAACUCGCUCGUCGACCGCUCUGGCUUCGUGCGAGUUUCCAUAGAACUACGAGACGCGGCGGUGAUGUUGACGGCGUAUCAUACUAACAUCGUCACACCCAUGCUCGAACACACGAGGCAGCUGAAUGUGACGGCAACGAGGUUGCGUGACGGUCUGCGCUUCAACCACUCCUCACUGAAGGAAGCCAUCGGGUACCUCAUACAUGAGACUUCACAGGCAGAGACCUUCCUAAACCGACAGGGGCUGGAUGUCAUACAAACCCUAAUCCAAGACUUCGCGAAGGUCGUAGCCCAAAGACUGAACGAGUACCUGGACAUGGUGAGCCACGCGGCCGAGCACGACGUGGGUUAUUGCGCGCCCGUGUCCAACGCCUUCAACGCCACGAGGGAUGCGGCUUGCAAGAAAAUACUUAUGCCCGUGAACGGGUACUGGAUGGCGCUGGCGUGGUGCGUGCUGCUGCUGGCGCCGCUCCUGGCGGCGGCGCAGCGCCUGGCGCGCCUGUACCGCCACGUCGACCCCUACCCCGGCCCGCUGCAGGAGGCCGAGUAUUUGUAUGACGCGUUCGCGGACCGCGAUAACGUACCCCUUGCCAACGCCUACAAGGCAGAGAAGCGCGCGGGGCGAGACGCGCGGCGCGGGGCCGGGGCCGGGGGCGGCGGGGGCGGGGGCUCGGGCGCGCGGGAGGAGGCGCGCGGCGCCGCGCUGGCCGCGCCCCUCGACGCACACCACGCGCGCAGAUAUAAUGAUAUGGCGCCAAAGCACUGGGAAGAAGGCCCUCCCCGCUACCACGGACCCACUGAGUACGAGCGCCCCCCUCCCUACUACUAUCCCGGACCAAAUGAUAGACAGUAAACUGGCCCUCACGGAACUAGACGACCUGCUGAAGUACUGAGACCGCUCCGCGCGGACCUGAGAACGAAAAGGUUAUAACUACCAUAAGUAAUGAGCGAUUUGAACUCUAUGCGGUUCGCGCAAGACUCAAUUUAAAACGAAAGUUGGUAAGAGCCUUUGAAGUUCUUAUAGAGUAUUUUUCCAAUAUAGCCAAGCCUAAACUAAACUAUAUCUAUAUUAUUACCUACUUUGACAUAUGACAUAUUCAUUAUAAAAAAAAUAUAGAUUAUGCAACGAUGACAUAUUUGAUAAGAAAUAAUGCGGAAGGCAACCUUCUUUAAUCUUUAUACAUUGGUGGGAAGAAACUUUGUGCCCAUCUAAUUUGAUUUUAAAUGUGGAAAAGGUAAUAAUAUAGAUAUUUAGAAUGGCAUUCCAUUUAGGUCUCCCUUAAGGGGAUGUCCCCAUAGUUAGUUGUUGCAAGUUCUUCGUCUAUAGGUUAAAUAAUGAAAUAGUAUGUAACUUAAGUGACCACACACAAAAGUAACUGGUUUAAGGCCGACAUAGAUGGAGCAAUUUGUUGUACAAUUUACGUACACACGUUUAACAAUCGUUGCCGUAAUAUUUAUGAAGACCUGUAGCGCCAUGUAGUUUAGCUGUGUGUAACCUAUGACUCAUAAAUUCAAAAUAUAAAAACAUACGACAUCACAACAAUAUCUAAGUAUCACAAAUCUUUUCUUAGUUCCCAGUACAACAUUGAAUAAUAAGAUAUUAAAAUUUCAAGGUUUAAGUUAUGCAUUGUCUGACAUAAAGUUGCUUUAUAUAUCGUCAGUUGACAGCUAAAACGCACUGAUUGCAUAAUGGUACAUUACGAUACAAGUGCGAAAAAUAGGAAAUUCGCAACGACAAUUUAAAACAACACCGACACGACUAUUCGCACAUGUAUCGUACAAACUUUUAUAGUACAUAUGGCCCUUUUAAUUUUCGCCAUAGUUACGUAAUGUCCUAAUUAUUGCACUAGUGCAGUAAAGUACCAUAUGUACUGUAACAGUUAAACAAAAAUCAGCCUUGUUUUGUUAUAACACUUCACUAGGCUCUGAUUUUGUGAUAGUAAUUACUAAGCUUUGGUUGACACUCGACGAUAUUUAGACUGCAACAUCUUACUGCGUCUAUAAGCGGCCUAAAUAGUUUACUGUUGUGUCGUGGACAAGUCUGCCAACUGUCAUGUCUCAUGUGUCAUGACUGUCAAGUCUGUACUGUGAAUGUGAUGGUCGGAACUUUAAUUAUACAAUUUUAGUGUUAACGAGUCGGUCCGUCUAGCCGGAGUCACACAGUAACUGCCAUAAAACGACUGUCAUUUAGUAUUUUUUACCGUUUGAGAACGCUUUAAUUUAUAACGAAAUGCGCACAACUUGAUACUUGGUAGGUGCGUCUGCAAUUCCACGUUCACACAUUCUGCGUUCCACAGAGCAAGCAGAAUUCACAUAUCGUCGGUUUAAGUCUCAAACUUCUUAAUAGCAUGUUUGUAGGAGAUUUGCGACCUUAGCUUUUAAUAUUUAAAGUUUAAUAUCGUUAACCAAGGGAUGAAAGGCACUCGACUGUCGAGAGCGCCAAUAGUCCGAAACUGAAAUGGUGCCUUUCAUCCAAGGCGCGGAAGCGAUUUUAAAAAUAGCGGUAAAUACCGGUUUAUUACGGUUUAACUCCGAACAUAAGAACGCGAACGUUUUAUGAACUUUAUUGUAACCUAAAUAAACUGGUUUAUUCGACGAGCGAAUAUAAGAAGAAACCGGUUUUAUUAUUCUAAACCGGUUAAUUUAACAGGAACUUUGUGAAAAUUUUCUCCUAAAAAUCGGUUUAAAAUAACGGUUUUGCGAACGAAACCAAAUUUAAAGGACUUGCGCCAAGUACAUGAUAACGGUUUGGAAAUUUAACCGGUUUCCGAGGCUUGCUUUCACCCCUUGGUUAACAAUCUACUAUUGAACUUUAAGUAUUGUAAGCUAAGGUCGCAAAUCUCUUACAUGGAUAUAAUUAUAUUAAUACGUUCGUCGAAAAAUUGCUACCGGCCGCCGAUCAUUGGUCAUUUGUCUCGCCACUCGCGCGCAUAUGUAUAGUAAUUUCAAGGUGAAGUUUUCAAGACCUUUGUGGUGCUGCCACCUAUUGGGAAACGCAAGUAAGACUUAAAGGUUGUGGACGUACGUAAAUCAAUCUGAUUUGAAAAAUACACGAGCACAUAAUCAUGACAGGCCGUCCCAUGAAAUAAACGUUUUGAAAACAUUAAAAAUGAAAUAAGCACACUGUAAACGCUUAAGUAAUGCGCAUUUCGUUUUUGGCAAACUUGCCGCACAAAUAUUGGGAAUUUUGAGUUAUUCUCGAAUAUGAAUUAAUUAUAAGUAAUCUAAUUUAAUCGCUACAAUGAUUUGUUAUGAAAAAGACAAUAUCGCCAAACUUUGUAUUGUGAACGCACCGUGGCACCGCUUAUGUUAGUAAUUAGUGUUAUUUUAGACGAGCACUGUUUUAAACAGCUUAAGAGCAAUGAAAACUGGUAAGCUUUGGAUAUAUAUUUAUUCAAAGUAAUCCUUUUUCAAUAGGCUGGUCCACACAGCCAGCAUACGCGCGAGGCAAUUUCCUUGGCCGAGGCACGUCUACACUGGCCGUUUUGUGCGGAAAUUGCCUCGCGCGUAUGCUCGCUCUAUGUGGUCCCGCCUGAUGCCCGUUUCAUUUUCAGGCAAAAGGUUUUCGGUUCGGUAAAGAUGCAUUUAGAAAUCGUCUUUAUCGACAUCUAAGUGUCUUUUGCCUGUGAACAUCACUUAAAUAACAAAAUAAGUGGUGCAUCGGUGCUAGACUCCUAUUUAACCACGCAAAGUCAUAUAUCAACAUCUCUCGCUUGUAUCUGAUGAUGCGUUGUACAAAGUUCGGAACCGCUUUAUAAAAUACCGGUUUAUUUCGGUUUUCCCCCGACCUUUUAUAAGAACGCGAACAUUUUAAGAACUAUAUUGUAACCUAAUAAAACGGUUUUUCGAGCGAAACCGAAAUUAAAAUAUUUUGCGCCAAGCACCGGUUUGGAAAUUUAAUCGGUUUCUGAGCCUUGGCGUUACAGAGAGAUUGUGAUUUGUGUGUGUCGAAUGGAAGUCUGUGAAGAGAUUCGAUGCAUUUAUUAAUAAGAUUAGUAUACUCGGCCGUCGGCCGCUACUCAUUUAUUGUUACUGUAAGCUAGCGGCCCGCGUCUGGCGAAUCAUAGAGAAUUUACGCAACUACAUAUUAGUGACAUCACGAAUUUUAAUCUAUGGUCGUCAGUACGUUUGAUCAUCGCUCGAUAACUCUUUGAAUUACAGUUAACUUUUGGUUAUAGAGUUAGACCAAGAUACAGACAGUGCAAGUGUUAUUUUAAACAUCUAUCAAAUUAUGACGUUUACUUAACACUUGCACAGGCUGGGCUAUCUAAAUCGCUGCAAUCUUAGCUUGGUCUGACUCUAAUGUGUUUCCUGUUUCCGAAAUGGUAUGAAUUUUGGUACUAGGAAAUAUUCAUUUUAAACAAAAAAGUUACUGUGUCUAAAUUAAGGACGCUAAACACGAAGAAUUUCGUCAAUUGACCACCCAUUUACUAUCUUUAUCGCGCGCGCCUAACUAUAUCGCUGUCCCGCUCGCACAGUGGCAUAAAAUGACAGCAAUAUACGCCCGGCAUGAACAGCCGGUAAUAUGGGACGGCAAUAUACGCCCGUGCGAUAGAGAUGGAAAAGCGGUCUUAUAUGGCGGUGUAAGAAAUUCAUCGUGCUUUAUAGAAAAGUCCUCAGCGAUGGUUGUAAGUGGUAAAUCUAAGAAGUCUAGUGAGUUUGUAUUUUACAAGUAAAGAAUCUUAGAAUCCGCUCGUCUGUGGGCGAGGAUAGGUUAUUUAGUUAAUUAUUUGGUGAUUAUCCAUUAUUAGUAAGUGAUUUUUUAAUUGUUGACUCGGUGCGAGAGAGUGCAAAUUUUUAUUUAGGUGUAUUAAAUGUGUCAUAUUGUAUUCGUUAGUUAGGUUAGAGACGGAUAAAAAGUCUGCCAAACUCGAUAUGAAGUUGCUUAAAUUAUGUUGUAGAUGGCACCUCUUUUGCCUUUGUAAAAGUAUGUCAAGUAUGUCAUGUUUUUAUUCUUGGUUUAAGCCACUAGAUGGCGCAAUAUCGCGCGCCAGAUCUGUAGGCAUUAAUUGUUUUCGUUUUCGAUUCAUGUCACAAGAUAGCAGAGUCUCCAAUACGCACAGUCUCUAUAAAUAAUUAUCACGUAAAACAAACCCAGAAACUUUUUUCUGGGUUCGGGUAUAAUUAUCACGUAAAACAAACCCAGAAACUU